AUGUCUCAGAGUAUAGCUGAUGGCGGCAUGUAUCGAUCGCAGCUGCCAGCACUGUCACUCUCCAUAUCGGCAGAUCAUCAGAAAUCGUCACGCAAGCAACUCGAAGAGAUGACUCGCAAAGCACAACGCCACUGCUCGUUACCUCCUGUCCCUGAAGUGAUCACACCAAGCAGUACCGAUAAUAACCAUGAGAAUGAGACUGCUAACGACAAGAACGAAAUGAUCACUUCGAAACUCUUUCAGCAAUUCAGCAAUCGACAUCUUCGCGAACAGUGUAUGCCCCAACUUUAUCCGGCUCAGCACAUGAAGCAACCAGUAUCAGCAUCACGCAUGACCGCAUCAGUAUCUCAUUCACGUCAAGUUUCUGUUGAAGACACCGAGUCGAGUACUGUGCCCACAGUACCGUCGUCAUCGUUCGCGCCUACCUCAGCAACUGUCGCAAGCAACGCCACCGACUCGUCUUCGAUCCCUUCAUCCACAAGUGGAAUGACCGUGCAGUUCGCUGCAGUUUGCAAGUUGGUGCAUACUGAACAAAAUGCUUAUCUAUCUAUUCGUUUGAUUUUAGUUCGAUUUAUUGUCUGA